CGAAAAUUUAUUAAAUAAAACAAGCUGUGUUAAAAUUUCUGUCUGUUAAUAGGUGAAUAGCUCUGCAGUGUAGGAAAACAUCCCAGUGCACAAUGAAUAAUUAUCUAACAUGAAUAUAAACUUGUCACAUGUACAAAAUAACAUCAUAUUAAUACGUUAACAGCCACCCCACGCGAGUUUCGAAACAUGCCUUACGAGCCAUGUGUGGUUUUAUAAAAAAUUAAUCCGCUCGCUCCCCGUGUACCACAUACGGUACAGUAGACUGUUAGGCCUCUUUUCCAUUACACGGUUGUUCAAACGUACGGUGUGUAAGCCGUACGGUUGAAAAAACGUGCUAGCUUGUACAUGAUACGGCAAAAUCACCGCGCGAGACAUUGAAAAAAGGGAGGAAUAUGGCGCGUUUCAUACACUUGUCAAGAAUCAAUUGAGAGAAGAUGAAGACAAGUUUUACAAUUAUUUUAGAAUGCAGAAAACUACAUUCGACAACUUGCUCCAAAAAUUAUCCCAGGAACUAAAACAUCAAGAUACUUUUAUGCGAGAGAGUAUAUCGCCCGCAGAAAGAUUGGCUGUAACUCUGAGGUAUCUAGCAACAGGAGAUACCUUUACUGACCUAUACUACAGCUAUAGAAUUGGAAUAAAAACCAUAAGUUGCAUCGUACGUGAAGUAUGCCACUACAUUUGGUUAGAACUGUAUAAAGAAUAUAUGAAAAUGCCAUCUAAAGAAGACUGGCUACACAUUGCAAGCAAAUUUCAAGAAUCUUCCAACUUCCCGCUGUGCUUAGGAGCGGUCGAUGGAAAACACAUCAGACUUAUUAAGCCAAUUGAUAGUGGCUCGAUGUUUUUAAAUUACAAACAUUUUUUUUCUAUAGUUUUGAUGGCAGUAGUAGAUAGCGAUUACAACUUUAUAUUUGUUGACGUUGGCGCCUACGGAAAGGAGUGUGAUUCCAGUGUGUUUAAAGAGACCCCAUUUUGGAAAAAUUUAACAAACAACGGAUUAAAUCUACCCGAUGCAACACGUUUGCCUGGAAUUGACUACGAUUUGCCAUAUGUGUUCAUUGCGGACGAAGCCUUUGCUUUGCAUUAUCACUUGCUUCGUCCAUUUGGUGGUCAUCAGCUUGAUCAAUUAAAACGUACAUUUAACUACAGACUCACCAGAGCGCAAAGAUUUGUUGAAUGUGCGUUUGGCAUUUUAUCCAAUAAAUGGCGAAUUUUUCACCGGCCAAUGAAUGUGUCCAUCGAUUUGGCAGUUGAUAUUGUGAAAACAUGUUGUGUUUUGCAAAAUUUUAUACAUAAGCAGGAAAACUUUCAGUUUCACAAUGCGAGUGAAAAUGAGUCCACCCUUGAUUCAGAAUCGGAACUAAUCCAGUUACCUAUCACGAAUGCAGUUCGCGGAAGUUUGGCGGCUAAUGAAGUUCGCAACAGAUUUGCACAAUAUUUUGUAUCUAACGAAGGUCGCCUCUCCUAUCAAAACAACUAUGCAUAAGUAAAAAGUUAAUAAUUAAAUAUCUGUAACUUACCAAA